UAGGCUCCGGUGCCCAGGACUCUCAUCCUCAGGUUUUCCUAGGACCACUGCCCUCUGUCCUUUGUAGCUUUGGGUGACCCAGCCUUGCAGGGAGCCCUGACACCUUCUCCACAGUCCUCGGGACUCCGGGUGGCCACGUGUCACAGCAUGAGGGUCCGUGUGGGGGGUUCUAGGAGCCGGCCCCGACCCCCACCACCCGGCGUGGGGAAAGAUGCCUGAGCAAAGCAAUGAUUACCGCGUGGUGGUGUUUGGAGCUGGGGGCGUAGGCAAAAGCUCGCUGGUGCUGCGCUUUGUCAAGGGGACGUUCCGCGACACCUACAUCCCCACCAUCGAGGACACCUACCGGCAGGUGAUCAGCUGUGACAAGAGCGUGUGCACACUGCAGAUUACAGACACCACGGGCAGCCACCAGUUCCCGGCCAUGCAGCGGCUCUCCAUCUCCAAGGGCCACGCGUUCAUCCUGGUGUUCUCGGUGACCAGCAAGCAGUCCCUGGAGGAACUGAGCGCCAUCUACAAGCUCAUCGUGCAGAUCAAGGGCAGCGUGGAGGACAUCCCCGUCAUGCUGGUGGGCAACAAGUGCGACGAGACGCAGCGGGAGGUGGACACCCGCGAGGCGCAGGCAGUGGCGCAGGAGUGGAAGUGCGCCUUCAUGGAGACGUCCGCCAAGAUGAACUACAACGUGAAGGAGCUCUUCCAGGAGCUGCUGACGCUCGAGACCCGCCGCAACGUCAGCCUCAGCAUCGACGGCAAGCGCUCCGGCAAGCAGAAGCGGACAGACCGCAUCAAGGGCAAGUGCGCCCUCAUGUGAGCCUCCGGGGCCGCUGCCUGUGCUGCGGGGUCAGGCUCCUCCAGCCCCUCUCCGUCCUCCCCUUCCAAGUCUCCCUCCUCCUCAUCUACCUCCUCUGCCUCCUUCUCUGGCUCUCCCUCCUCCCUUUCUCGCUCCCUCUGUCUCUCCU